UACAAACCUUGCAUAAGUAGGCCUACUUGGAGAAUUUUCCAAUAAACGCCAUCAUCACCUGCCGCUUGUCACGUGACUUUGGUACAGGUUAAAACUUUUGGACACAAAAUCUGUUAUUACUUUUAAAAAUACUGAUGGAAUAUUGUUUCAGUGCUGAUAUUAAUAAAAAAAACGGACGUAAAAAUACACUACGACUUAUGGCGCAUGCGCAGUCAAGGUGUGGCGAUCACAAAUCACUACUCCCUCACGCUCUGUUUGGUUUCCUGUAUUGACGAAGAAAUCAUUAAAACAUGGAAUGCGAAGCUUCAGACAAGGAACCGGUAAAACACACGGAACCCACGACGCGUGUUUGGAAGCUAAAACGGUACGGUCGUUUUCUUCCCAAUGGUAAAGCUAAAGCGUCAUGGAAAGGCACAGGCUGCGCGUGGAAGAUUUUUGAAUCCAGUGAAAGCUCUGGUCAGUUGGACUUCAGUAUUUUGGCCUCUGCUCAUCUGCUGAUAUCUCAGGGUCAGGAGCUCUUGGAAGGAUUUUCUCUGUUGGAUGCACAAAGUUUUCUGAAGGUCCAGCAUAAAUCAGACAGUUUGCUCUUCAGCAUUACAGUAAAGGGAGAAAGCCGUCUGAUCAGACUUCAGUUUGAUGGGCGGACUCGCGCGGUAGCAGCACGUUUUUGUGAAGAAGCAGUUGAGAGGCUACAGGAUUAUUUACCUGUUGAAGAGCACAUGACCACACGAUCUGCUGCUGAAUCCACACCUACAGAACCUGGAGCAUCUACACAAGAGACACAGGCCCCUGAAGAUGAACCACGGGCGGCCCCGGCUCUUCCUAUUGAAGCGCUGUCAAUCAAACAGCUUGCUCAGUACUUCCUGGGCGAACGUGAGCUCUCUCUGCCGAUGGCGUAUCAUCAAUCCACAUUGCCUCCUAAGGACCUGGAGGCGUUACUGCGUUUGUGUCUGCUAGACUCUGACUUUCCAGCUUUUGUUGAGGAAGUGGAGAAAAAGCUCAAGGAAAUUAAAGAAUAA